AGUUAAAGGAAACUGUGUUAUUAAAAAAAAAAACGUGUUUGAUGCCAACUUCACGCCAGCUGCCAGUCUGUUGUUAGCUCUCCCUCUCUCUCUCUCUUCUCCACUAUGAUCUCGUACUGUCUACAGUCUGCUGGUUAACCCACCCGUACGCUCGCGGUCUGUGGUGAUAGGAGUUCAAUGGUCAACGCGACGCACACACCGCUCGCUCGCUCAGCCCAGAACAUCCCAUGUACCCGCGCGACAUCAAUAACAAUGGCAAACCGUAGUCUGUUUUGGUAGGAGACAUCAGAUUGGAGCUUGUGUCUUAUUUAUUUUUUAUUAUUUUUUUUAAAGGAAUUGGCGAGUUUUUAUUUUUUCAGAUAAGAGUGUGCGUCUAUUGUUAUAUAUAUAUUUUUUUGUACAUUUUUUUUUUUUUUUUCCGAAAAUGUGCGAGGCGCUGUUGGCAAGCUCACACAGUCCGUGCAUGUGUGUCCCUGCUCCUUCUCUGCUGGGCUACAGCUACUAACCUAGCUGCCUUUCACUCGGUGGUUAGCUAACGUUAGCCCGGCCGCGUUUGUUGACUUGAAGAGGGGGGAAGAAAAAAAAAAAAACAAACACAAGCGAAUGUAAAGCGUGCUUGUGCGAUUUGUUUUAUGACAGCACUCCUUAAUUAUUUUCCAAUCGUUACUGUCGGGCACGGCAAGAAUUGUUGUAUGGUUUGUCGUAGAAAAUACUUUGCUGGCUAGCUAACAGGCUAGCUAUUUGUGUGUAUUCUUCGACUGAGGAAAACGGCGAGUUUUCUUUGAAAGUAUGGAUGACCAGACCAGGAUGAUGACGGGUCUCACCGGACUCGGUGGACUACAACAAGCCGAUGUCGGUGACCCAGACUCGGUUAGAAAACAGCAAUCCCUCGGCCAGCCUCAACAAGACAUCGGGGAUAUCCUACAGCAAAUAAUGGCCAUCACCGACGAAAGCCUGGACGAAGCACAGGCCAGAUGCUGGCCAGAGGAAUCGCCGGCGCAUUGGGGUGGAUCAGACGACCCCACAGAGGGAGGGAGAGCAGGGGGGGGCAUGGCAGGGGGUGGCCUGCCACUCAACUUCCAGCACAGGAAGCAUGCCCUGAACUGUCACAGAAUGAAGCCAGCCCUCUUCAGCGUUCUCUGUGAGAUCAAAGAGAAAACGGUGCUGAGUAUACGAGGCGUGCAGGAGGAGGACCCCCCAGAUCCCCAGAUCAUGCGGUUGGACAACAUGCUGCUAGCAGAGGGUGUGUCGGGACCAGAGAAGGGUGGAGGAUCGGCUGCAGCGGCUGCAGCUGCAGCAGCAGCAGGGGGCUCGCCCACUGACAGCAGCAUCGAACACUCAGACUACAGAGCCAAGCUUGCCCAGAUCCGCCAGAUCUAUCACUCUGAGCUGGAGAAGUAUGAGCAGGCCUGCAGCGAGUUCACCAACCAUGUAAUGAACCUGCUGAGAGAGCAGUCUCGCACACGGCCCAUCUCUCCCAAGGAGAUUGAGCGCAUGGUGGCCAUCAUCCACCGCAAGUUCAGCUCCAUUCAGAUGCAGCUCAAACAGAGCACCUGCGAGGCCGUCAUGAUUCUGCGCUCACGCUUCCUUGACGCCAGACGUAAGAGGCGCAACUUCAACAAGCAAGCUACAGAGGUGCUGAACGAGUAUUUCUACUCCCACCUGUCUAACCCUUACCCCAGUGAGGAAGCAAAGGAGGAACUGGCCAAAAAGUGUGGGAUCACUGUGUCUCAGGUCUCUAAUUGGUUUGGCAACAAGAGAAUACGCUACAAGAAGAACAUUGGUAAGUUCCAGGAGGAAGCGAACCUCUACGCAGUUAAAACAGCGGUGGAUGCUGCCAAUGUGUCUGCGCAGGCUAGCCAGGCCAACUCUCCGGCAACGCCCAACUCAGGUGGAUACCCUGCACCGUGCUACACACCUGACGGGCGGCUAUGAGGAGCUGUCGGGUAGUGGCCUCUACACCCCUCAUCGCCUGGAUGCUAACAGCUGGCAGGACACCACCAACCCCCCCUCAGUCACCUCCCCUCCUGGUCCUCCUGGCAGCGUCCACUCCGACACCUCCAACUGAUUCGGUGGCACUCCCUGCCAUCACUUCAUUCCCACUGCGGUCUGCUUUGACUACCAUCCUCUGUCCUCAUUUUUCACUAUUCCCUCGUCUCUCAACCAGACAGCCAAACAAGGCUGCGCUCACAUUUCAUAAACACACACUGUGCUGGAACACAGAACAGCCGAACAGUAGUUAGGAGGACUUCUCCCUCCACCCACAGCUCCACUUCAAUGCUAGAAGCUCCCUAACCUCAGAAUAAGAGAGGGAUGGAGCAUACUGAUGCUGAGACAGAUAGAAAAACAUCUUCACUAUCAAGGACUUUUUGAAAACCACUGACCCAGCUGUGUAGAUGAUCAUGAUGUCUGUACAUUAUGUGUAUAUGCACGUUAACUUCACACAGUACUCUUACAGCUUGUCCAUGUGCUGUUGACCUCUGCACUCGACCCUUUGCUUUGGAAAACUGUGUGUGAUUGCCUGUAUCUCUUGAAGCCUUGGCAUUUGACAGUCAAACUGUUGAUACGGAUCACCAGGGAGCUCUGCUCACCUUGCUCGUACCAAAGUGCUGCCCCGGUAGUUGUCAACACAUCUGUUCCUCCGAGAUCACCCUCUGCCAACUCAACACAAGACACCGUUGUAUCUUCCAGUCCUUUAUAGCUUGAUGUGUCAUUCUGUUGGAGAUUUCAAAGUGAGUACUUGAGAUAUGCACAAAUGUGCAUGCACCCCCCCUUUCCCCCCCACCCCCUUCCAUAACACACCUCACAAACUUUUCAGUCGUUUUCAUAGUGAGCUGACAUAAAAGAUGUGUCAAGCACAAAAGUUAGCAUCCUCGUUAUGGGUGUCUCUACCUGUAAAAGGGUAGUUUAAGGGGAUCACUGUUCUAAACCAGACAGGACAGAUGAUAAUAGGGCUGGUGAGAAGAGGAGGAAAGGGCAGAGAGAGGAGAAUAUCUUUGGUUGAGUGGAUGUAACUAAUAGCCCUUUUUGUUGCUAACCAAUAGAGGGUGUUGGUAGAUGGCUUGUAGACUUUACUUCUUGCUUUCUGUCCACUAGUUUAUUUGAUUGUAGGCUAUUUUCUAAUGCUGUUUCACCAAGAAUGCACCAGCCACCACCAAAAAUGAGCUCAAUAAAGCAUCUUAAUGACGUUAGAAGAGGGGUGGAAAGAUUGUGGGGCAUUGAUGUGUUAUUGGGACAAACGUGACAUGAAUUUAGAAACGUGACUGUCUUCCAUGCAUGUAGGACUUCUAGGCGUGAUAUUGUUUUCAUUUAACCUUCCGAGUUUUUAGCUUCGUUUUUAUUAACAAAAAAAAUAAAGGGUAUAAUUAUUACAGUCAGACCAAAAAGGAAAAAGUGCAUCAUGUAUUGCUAUGAUGUGUGUGUCUCCGUGUGGGCGUGUGUACAGUGUUCUUGGGAUGACUUGGUCAAACUGGCUGGUGCCCUAUGACCUUUGUAAGCAUUAUAGAGACUGGGUGCUUCCACCAGCCAAUGACACACCAAGUGGGGUUCAACUGUCCUCCCCAUGUUGAAACAUUUAAACUUGUGAGCCCAAGGCCACACACUACAACCUUCUGUUGUACCAAAAACCAAAAAUACCACAUUCAGCAAUGUAAUAAUGCUACUCUGUGUCUCUCUAAAGUUGGUGCACAGCCACCUUUUCCGUUCGAGGAGAGGAGGGAAUUAUAUUUGUAUCUGUGUCUCUCUGUGUGGUGUUGUCAUGCCUCAAGUUCAUUUGAUUUUGGGUUUUUCUUUUUUUGUUGUUGUUGUUGGGGGGUGUCAUGGGAGGGUGGGUGGAGUGAGGACUGUCAUAUCACACCUGUAUUUUGAUUGAGAGCAUAAAGUUAUGCUCUCCCCUUUACCCAUCUUCUAAUACCUUCUGGUAAAACCAACUAUUUUGUUCUUAGUUCGAUGGCCAAUUGGGCAAGGGCUUCUCUCUCUCCUCUGUUACCAAAAAAAGAGGCAGCACUGGGUGUAGUAAAACUCUUAACUCGUGUUUAAGACAAACCUGCAGCGUUUUUGGGGAUUUUCAUUUUUUGGAACUAUUUUAUACAUUAACUGUUAUGUGAAUAACAAAGCAUUUUGAUAGUAAGGUAAAGCCUUAUGAAGAUUUAAGUGUCAGUCAAGACUUUGUUGAAUCAUAUUUUACAGAACAAAACUUGAUCUUAUAAGCUGGUCACAUGUGAUAUCCCACAUCUAAUUACUUGUUUUGUUACUCAUCGCAGUUCAUACGACUGUAUCUUACGAAUAACGUUAUCACCGCACCAAAUUGUCAUCCUCCCCCUUUUUCUACCUGUUGUAAUGGAUGUCACUGUACAGUUUGUGUAAUGUUUCAGUAUUUUUUUUUUCUUUUAUAAACUUUGAUGUUUGGUUGA